AGCGGAGUGUUGAGUCAGUCAGUGAAUGAGUGACUUUCGUGGCCGUGGUGUCGUGCACUUUCCUCUCGGACAUGCUGCUCUCAGCUCAUGGCAUGGAGCUCCUGGGGGUUGGAGAACACUUUGGUGCUUUGCUGAGGCGCGCAGGAGGUGUGUGUGAAGCUGAGGUUUGAGUGGGGAUUUAAUUUUUGCGCACACAGACAUCAUGAUCUCAGUCACCCACCGCGCCGGAUAUUCUUUCUGCUUGGAUAUUAUUUCAUUGAUGCCAUCUCUCCUGGUGUUCAUGUCCACUAUCAGAGGGCUUGGUAGCACAUGGUUAACAUCUGAGACCUGUCCACUCGGCCACUUCCCAUGUGGAAAUGUGAGUGUGUGUCUUCCUCAGGUGCUGCACUGUAAUGGCCAAGAGGACUGUCCUAACGGAGCCGACGAGGAGCACUGUGGAGAUAACAGUGGCUGGGCCAAUUUUUUCGACAGGACCAUUCAAAUAUCGGUCCAACAUCAUCUGUCUACAGAUUGCCUUUUACAGCUGUACCCAGAUCGCUGUCAGUGCAUUGAGCUGGAGCUCCAGUGUGUUCGCAUCAGUUUGAAUUCUGUACCACGCGUGUCCACCAAUGUGACGUCCCUGUCUCUUAAGAGCAAUGAGAUUCGAGUAUUACCAGAAAAUGCUUUUAGUAGAUACACAGAACUUCGAAGACUAUUUCUUCAAGAAAACUGCAUAAGCUCUGUGUCAGAGCGGGCUUUUAGGGGAUUAUUCAAACUGCAGAAACUAUCUUUGAGCCAAAACUGCAUCACCUUAUUAAAACAUGGAGUCUUUGCUGAUCUCCACAAACUCAACUGGCUAAUUCUGGAUGACAAUCCUUUGAAAACCAUCACUGUGAACACAUUCACGGGCCUGAGGUCUCUCUUCUUCCUGUCGAUGGUGAACACCUCACUCGAACGCCUUCCUUCAUCCAGGCUCUGCAGGCACAUGCCCGUUCUUAACUGGCUGGACUUUGAAGGAAACUACAUUCAGAGGCUGAACUACUCCACCCUGCUGUCCUGUGAUGAGCUUACUGUGCUAUCACUGCGAGCAAAUCAAAUCAAGAGGCUUCCAGAGAACACUUUUCAGUCUCUCCAUGUGCUGGGAGAGCUAGAUCUUUCCAGUAACCACAUAAAGGAGCUGCCAUUGAAUAUCUUUAAGGCUCUGCAGUCUUUACAGAUACUAAAUCUUUCCCAGAACCCACUGAGCCAUAUCCACCAAAGCCAGUUUGAUCAUCUCACCCAACUCCAGUCGCUGGGCCUGGAAGGAGUGGAGAUCCCAGAUAUCCAGACCCGCAUGUUCCAGUCAAUGAAGAACCUCUCUUACAUAUACUUUAAGAAAUUCCAGUACUGCUCCUACGCACCUCAUGUGCGGAAGUGCAAGCCCAACUCUGACGGCCUCUCGUCUUUUGAAGACCUGCUAGCAAAUGUAAUCCUCCGUGUCUCGGUCUGGGUCAUGGCCUUCGUCACCUGCUUUGGGAACCUCUUCGUCAUUGGCAUGCGUACGCUCAUCAGGGCAGAGAACAACCUGCAUGCCAUCUGCAUCAAGGUUUUGUGCUGUGCAGAUUGCCUGAUGGGCGUCUACCUUUUCUUCGUGGGCAUCUCCGAUUUGAAAUUUCGUGGCGAGUACAACAAGAAUGCCCAUGUCUGGAUGGAAAGCCUUGAAUGUCGCACCAUCGGCUUUCUGGCCAUGCUGUCCUCCGAGGUGUCGGUCAUUCUACUCACCUACCUGACCCUGGAGAAGUUUCUGGUCAUUGUGUUCCCACUGAGUCACCUAAGACCAGGGAAAAACCAGACGUUCAUAAUUUUGGCUGUGAUCUGGCUCAUAGGAAUCUCGAUUGCAGCCGUGCCGCUGCUCAACGAUGAUCUCUUUGGGAACUACUACGGUCAGAAUGGUGUGUGCUUCCCUCUGCACUCUGAACGUGUAGAGAAACCUACAGCGAAGGGCUAUUCCACUGGCAUUUUUCUCGGCCUCAACCUAGUAGCCUUCCUCAUCAUCACCAUCUCCUACUCCAGCAUGUUCUACUCCAUCUACAAGACAGGUAUUAAUGCCACAGAGCUACGCAGCCGACUGCACAAGGACGUGGCUGUCGCCAACCGCUUCUUUUUCAUUGUGUUCUCUGAUGCCCUCUGCUGGAUCCCCAUAUUCCUGGUCAAAAUUCUCUCUCUGCUCGAGGUGGAGAUUCCAGGUACCAUCACAUCCUGGGUGGUAAUCUUCAUCCUGCCAAUCAACAGUGCCUUGAACCCCAUCCUUUACACUCUGACGACCAGCUUCUUCCGAGAACAGGUUGAGCUGAUGCUGUGCCAGUGGCAAAGACACUCUACUCUCAGAAAGGAACGGAAGAGCUUGUCCAGCUCAGUCAUUGACAUCGAACACUCGCGACGCCCAUACUGCACACGUGACUUCGUGCCACGGACAUCCAUCUUAAACUUUAAUGGCAAUUUCAGAUGAACAUGUAUUAAUAAACUAAUGAAAAGAGGUUUGGUGACACUCGGAGAUGUGCUGAUACUGAUACUGAUACUGUGCCUUGGCUUGAUUUAGCUUGAAGUCUGGCUGUUUGUUGAUCCAAGAAAUAAAAACCAACAACGGAUAUGUAAACACUAAACCCAGAGGCAACCACGGCACAAGCAAGAAUGCAAUUUGUACUGGACGGACCACACGUUUACUAGACAUGAUAUUCAUGUACACUAAAUAUGUUUUACAGAGAUCCAACUAUUAUUUUACUGGACAAUGCUAGUUACCAAGCAACUAGCAUCUUACUGAGUAAUUACAUAAAAGGCAUUCUCUAGAAGACAUGCAGAUAAGCUCAUUUUCUACUGAUACCUCAUAGGCGUUUCUCAUAAGCAUUGCAUUGCCAGUACAAAAGGCUACUAUGAAAUGCGUGAAUUAAUUUAAAUUGUCAUAAAAUGACAAAGUUCAUAAUGCUGACAAGGCCACCGUUACAGGUGUGCUGCACCGUUUUUGUUCGAGUUACCGUCAUUUCUAAAUACCUCUUUUUUUGUUUGUUUUGAUCUGAUCACCAUAUUAUCCUGACAUUGUGAAAUAAUACGUUAAAAUAACAACAUAGCGCUUUUCCCAACAACUUGUGAGUCCGUGAACGUUGCAUUCGUUCGUGUUUUGAAGAAUAAAUUAUGAAAUAAAUAGGUUUACACAUUAACAAAUGCAUCAUUUAUAGCUUCUUGCUAUCUUUUGUGUUGAUUUAAGUUAUUUGGGUUUGUGGAACUCAGUGGCUUCAUCCAACAAUUCGGAUCACCACAUGCUUUUCGAAUGGAACAAGAGAGGGAGGGUAAAUGGGAGUCCAAGACAUGUCCUCUUCUUACAGUGUUAUGCUACACAAAAACAAUCUCUCACACACACACACACACCAUGUUCUACUCCAUUGUUUGCAAUCUCUGAAUAUUUUGCUGUAUCAUAUUAUUUGUUGUACAUAUUAUCAUAUUAUUUGACAUUUGUGCUCAUGGCUCCAGAGUGGAUAUUUCUUCCUAAUAAAAGACUAUAAAAGUUACUUUUCCUUCCAGGUUCAGAUUAUUAGAUUAUAUUAAAUUUUAUCAGUUUAUGAUUGCUACACUUUUAGUGAUUGAUAAUCACAAAUUUAUUUAAUACUAGUUAUUGUACUUGUAAUUGUAGUUAAUGUUUUUUGUUUUUGUUUUUUUUUACUGAAGAACAAUUUAAAAAAGUUUUCUUUUACCGCUUUCAAUUUUGUAUUUCAAAAACGCAGUAAAGGCGUGCUAAUUCACAUGUUGCUUUUCCAUUAUGCUUCAAAUAACAUAAAAAUGCAACGUUCACAGACUCUUCAGUUACAGGGCUUCUGCAAAAUAAAAAUUUCUUUCAGCUUCUCCCGUUAGGGGUCGCCACAGCAAAUCAUCUGCUGGAUGCCCUUCCUAACGCAACCCUCCCCAUUUAUCCGGGCUUGGGACCAGCAC